GGGGCGGCGGGAGCGCCGAGACCACGGCCCCGGGGAGAGGCGGAGGGGCCCGGGCCAGGCGGGCAGAGCUGAGCGUGGAGUGUCUGUCGUGAGAGCCAGGGCUGCACCGGUGCUCGGCGCCGACCCCGCCAGCCCCAGCCCGGAUCGCCGCCGCCCCGCCUGCGCCCCCAAGGCACGCGCGGCACAGCCAUGAACACCAACGAUGCCAAGGAGUAUCUGGCCCGGAGGGAAAUCCCUCAGCUUUUCGAGAGCCUUUUGAAUGGACUCAUGUGUUCUAAGCCCGAAGACCCAGUAGAGUACUUGGAAAGUUGUUUACAGAAAGUAAAGGAGCUGGGCGGCUGUGACAAGGUGAAAUGGGACACAUUUGUCAGCCAGGAAAAGAAGACCUUACCUCCGCUCAAUGGAGGGCAGUCACGGAGAUCCUUUCUAAGAAAUGUAAUGCCCGAAAAUUCAAACUUUCCAUAUCGGCGGUAUGAUCGACUCCCUCCAAUCCAUCAAUUCUCCAUAGAAAGUGAUACGGACCUUUCCGAGACUGCAGAGUUAAUUGAGGAGUAUGAGGUUUUUGAUCCUACCAGACCUCGACCAAAAAUCAUUCUUGUUAUAGGUGGUCCAGGAAGUGGAAAGGGUACUCAAAGUUUGAAAAUCGCAGAACGUUAUGGAUUUCAAUACAUUUCAGUGGGAGAAUUAUUAAGAAAGAAGAUCCACAGCACCAGCAGCAACAGGAAAUGGAGUCUUAUUGCCAAAAUAAUUACAACUGGAGAACUGGCCCCACAGGAAACAACAAUUACAGAAAUAAAACAGAAAUUGAUGCAAAUACCUGAUGAAGAGGGCAUCGUUAUUGAUGGAUUUCCAAGAGAUGUUGCCCAGGCUCUCUCUUUUGAGGACCAAAUCUGCACUCCUGACUUGGUGGUAUUUCUGGCUUGCACCAAUCAGAGGCUCAAAGAAAGAUUACAGAAGCGUGCAGAACAACAGGGGCGGCCUGAUGACAAUCUGAAAGCUACCCAAAGGAGACUAAUGAACUUCAAGCAGAACGCUGCUCCACUGGUUAAAUACUUCCAGGAGAAGGGACUCAUCAUGACAUGUGACGCUGACCGAGACGAGGAUGAGGUGUUCCGUGACGUCAGCGCAGCAGUUGACAGCAAGUUAUUCCCAAACAAAGAGGCCUCGGCCGGUUCAAGUGACCUUGAUCCUUCAAUGAUGUUGGACACUGGAGAGAACAUUGAUACAGGAUCUGAUUAUGAAGAUCAGGGUGAUGACCAGUUAAAUGUAUUUGGAGAAGACACCAUGGGAGGUUUCAUGGAAGAUUUGAGGAAGUGUAAAAUUAUUUUCCUGAUUGGUGGCCCAGGCUCUGGCAAAGGUACACAGUGCGAAAAGCUGGUGGAAAAAUAUGGAUUUACACAUCUCUCAACUGAUGAGCUCCUGCGUAAUGAGCUGUCAUCAGAAUCCGAAAGAAGCAAAUUGAUCAGAGACAUCAUGGAACGUGGAGACCUGGUGCCCUCAGGCAUCGUUCUGGCGCUCCUGCAGGAGGCCAUGGUGGCCAGCCGCAGCCGCAGCAAGGGCUUCCUGAUCGACGGCUAUCCUCGGGAAGUAAAGCAGGGGGCAGAGUUCGGACGUAGGAUUGGAGACCCACACUUGGUGAUCUGUAUGGACUGCUCGGCAGACACCAUGACCAACCGCCUUCUCCAGAGGAGCCGGGGCAGCCCUCACGCGGAUGACAACACCGCCACCAUCGCCAAGCACCUUGAAACCUACUACCGAGCAUCCAUCCCCUUGAUCGCCUACUAUGAGACGAAGACACAGCUACAUAAGAUAAAUGCAGAGGGAACACCAGAAGAAGUUUUUCUUCGUCUCUGCACAGCUAUUGACUCUCUUUUCUGAAAGCAAAAAUGCACGCAUGUUAAGGAGUGGAGACAGAGAAAAAUAUUAAAAGGUUUACCCCUUAACACAAUGUUUCAAGUUAACCUUUUCUGUCCCCCCCAAAUCCUGCUGUUGCUGUUUGCUUCCCAGCUUGACCUGAGAGGUGUCUGGAAAUCAUGCAUGGCGUACCUGGUAUUACCCGACCUUUCCUUCACAGUUCAGACAGCUGUCUGCACUCACAGCACACACACUUUCCUACCACAUAGGUUGCCCCUCCGAGCUAAGUUAGUAUGUGAACAGCAGUGCAGUGCCAGUCUGUCAGUUGUGCCCUUAGGACUUGCUAGAGUCUGAUCAUUUGGUUCUACUUUCAUCAAAUAGGGAGUUAGCAUCCCUAACUCCCAUCACAUCUUCCUUCCUCUCCCCAGGAUUAUAUGCUGUUGUCUGAUGAAGGCCCUUAAUAUGGGGGGCAGGCCUGGGCAUCUUCCUCUGGUGGCUGUCGCUGUUUCCUCAAGUCUCAUGCAGUGGUAGCUCAGAGCCAAAGAGAUUGGAUUGACAAAACAAUGCCAAUGGCUGAUAAGAAAUUUGAUUAAAUUUGAAAACUGUGAUAAGAAAUUUUAAAAAUGUGAAAUUGUAUAGCUUUUCCAAGACAGCAAAACCCAAAGUAGUCACCAGUAACAUUUCUCUAUUCAUUUUUAUGAAACUGGCUACUUGGAAUACUGUCAUAAUGGCUAAGAGAACAAAUUGGAUAAAUCGUCUAACCUAGUCUCUUCUAUACCUGGUGGUGCAUUUUGGCAAUUAUAUAUUAAUACCAAUGACCAAACAUAAUUUAAAAGCAUGAGGUGAUUUGUCAUUGCAUUCACUGGACUAAUGUCAACUUAUAGUUUUGAUUUUAAAUGAUCACCUAUUUUCUUACCAUUGUUGCCAAACAAGUAAGACAUAAAGUAAGAGUACCAAAACUCAUGUGGGUGGGAAGAGGCAUGUCAGUACAUGACAUUUAACAGAUCCCAAUGCUGUAUUUGUUUCAUACGGGCCUUUUCCAGGGGUUUGAAAACCUUAUCAUACUCAUAUGUAAAAUUGUGUUCCCUUGCAUCAAACCAGUGAAAUCUGGGUUCUCUUUUGUGCUAUCUGUUGCCAAAUCAGAGCUUCUUAUAUAUUCUACUGGAACUGCAUCGUCCAUUCAGUCACUACACAAGACCACAGUUUCAGUUUGCAUGAUUUUUUUUUUCCUUCAAUGGUUGUGCAGAUAAGGAUCCAUUCCUGGGACAGAAUUGUAUUUUUAAAGUCAUUUUUUUUCUUGACAUGGAUAUAUACAAAUAAAAUAAA